AUGGUUGCGCCGUCCAGUCCCAAGUUGCACAAGAUGCUACUCCGCUUUGCCACUCUUGCCGUCUUAUGUCUCAGAGUGCUUGGGAGUGAAGGGAAUUGGACUGUGAAACAUGAGGAGGGCAGAUGUGCGUUGAGGGGACAAUGUGGAAAGAAGUCAUUCUUCGGUGGCGAAUUGCCGUGUCCGGACAAUGGUUUGGCGGAGGAACCCGACGAGAAUACAAGGACGAAGCUCGUUGCGAUAUGUGGAGAUGACUGGAGUGAAGGAGACGUUUGUUGUGACGAAGCGCAGGUCGACAACCUGAGAAGCAACCUCAAACGCGCCGAAGGAAUAAUAGCAGGUUGCCCGGCGUGCAAAACAAACUUCUUCAACCUCUUCUGCACAUUUACCUGCUCCCCAGACCAGUCGCUCUUUGUCAACGUUACAGAUUUCGAGGAAAAGUCUGGAAAACUUCUUGUAACGGAACUGGAUAACCUAUGGUCAGACAAUUACGGCAAGGGCUUCUACGAUAGUUGCAAAGAUGUCAAGUUUCCUGGCGGUAACGUCAUGGGUUUCAUUGGCGGCAACGCCAAGAAUUACACUUCGUUCCUCAAGUUUCUUGGAGAUGUCAAGCCGUUUGGGAGCCCGUUUCAGAUCAACUUCCCUAGGCCUUCGAGUAAGCCAUUUGAGGACAUGGCUGCAGCAGACCCAAUCCCGAAAGCGUGCAAUGACACAGACGAGGCAUAUCGAUGCGCCUGCACUGACUGCGAAGCAUCGUGCCCUGAGCUGGCAAAGGUCACGGAGCAAGAGUAUUGCCAUGUCGGAGCUCUUCCAUGCCUCUCUUUUGCUGUGAUCAUAGUCUACUGUGUCUUUCUGCUGCUUCUGGUCACAGCAGUCUCUGGGCACGUUGCGUAUCAGAAACACAACCAACGGAAAAGCGAAAGAUUACAGCUGUUGCAAGAUGCCGCCCUGAGCGAUGAUGAGGACGAAGGGGAAAUGGUUCACAAUGCUGGCAUGAUAGACCGACCGCAAAAACAGUACAGAUUCAACACUAUCUGCGAUAGCGCCUUCAGCCAUCUUGGAAGGAAGUGCGCCCGGUAUCCUCUGAUCACUAUAGGCGUCAGUGUUCUUGUUGUCGUCGUACUGAGCAUUGGAUGGGUCAAUUUCGAAGUGGAGACAAAUCCGGUCAGGCUAUGGGUCAGCCCGUCAUCUGCUGCCGCGAAAGAGAAGGCGUUCUUUGACGAGAGCUUUGGACCUUUCUAUCGAGCAGAGCAAGCAUUCGUUGUCAAUGAUACUCACUCAUCCGGUCCUGGACCCGUCUUGAGUUACGAUACCUUGGCGUGGUGGUUCGACGUCGAGGCUCGAGUCCAGCGCAGGAUGUCUCCCGAAGAGGGUGUCGCGUUCAGCGAUGUAUGCUUCAACCCCACUGGAGCGGCUUGUGUUGUACAGUCAUUGACAGGUUACUUUGGGGGCUCUUUCUCGAGCGUAGACCCGGAGACCUGGCAGGAAGAUCUCAGGCAUUGCGUCGAUCAGCCGGUAGAAUGUCUUCCUGAUUUCCAACAACCACUCGACAAAGAUCUCAUUCUUGGCGGCUAUGAGAAGAACGGUGAUGUUCUAGGCGCCGAAGCCAUGAUCGUCACCUGGGUUGUCAACAAUCACGAAGAAGGGUCCAAGGCAGAGAAGCGUGCAUUGGAUUGGGAACAAGGACUCAUCAGCGUCCUCAAAGAUGCGCAGGGAGAAGCCAAGGACAGGGGACUGCGGCUUUCAUUCUCCACUGAGAGGAGUCUCGAAGAGGAGCUGAACAAGUCAACCAACACAGAUGCCAAGAUCGUCGUGAUAAGUUACAUCAUUAUGUUUCUCUACGCUUCGUUGGCUCUGGGAUCUACGACAUUGUCUGUCAGAUCCAUUCUACACAAUCCUGCGAACGCGCUAGUAGCAUCCAAGUUCACCCUUGGUGUCAUCGGCAUUGUCAUUGUACUGAUGUCAGUCUCUGCUUCCGUUGGCUUAUUUUCGGCUUGCGGUAUCAAGGUCACUCUGAUCAUUGCUGAGGUCAUUCCUUUCCUGGUGCUCGCCGUUGGGGUAGACAACAUAUUCCUCAUCGUUCACGAAUUCGAAAGGGUCAAUGUCAGCCAUCCUGACGAUGAAGUGGAGACUCGGAUUGCCAAAGCACUCGGCCGCAUGGGACCCAGUAUUCUGCUUUCUGCUUCCACAGAGACAAUCGCAUUCGCGCUCGGGGCUGCAGUCGGAAUGCCUGCAGUCAAAAACUUCGCAGUCUACGCAGCUGGUGCCGUGCUGAUCAACGCGCUGCUACAAAUCACCAUGUUCGUCUCAGUGCUAGCUUUGAACCAGCGAAGAGUUGAGAACAGUCGAGCAGAUUGCUUUCCAUGCAUUAAAGUCAAGCGAGCAGAUGUGGGUAAUGCUCAUGGCGCCGGUGCGUAUGGCUAUGACGAUGAAGGUCCUCUGCAGAAAUUCAUCCGCAAAGUCUAUGCACCGUCGCUUCUUGAUCGAAAAGUCAAAGUUGCUGUCGUCGUUCUUUUCCUCGGCCUUUUCACUGCAGGCUUAGCUCUCAUACCAGAGGUUGCCCUUGGUUUGGACCAGCGCAUCGCCUUCCCACGAGGCUCCUACCUGAUCCCCUACUUCAAUGAUCUGGAUGCUUACUUCAAUACCGGUCCUCCUGUCUACUUCGUCCUACACGACUCCUCCGUCACAGACCGCCCUGAGCAACGUUCCAUCUGCGGCCGCUUCUCUACCUGCGAGUCUUACUCUCUGACCAACGUCCUGGAACAAGAGUCCAAGCGCCCCAACAUAUCUUACAUCUCUGGCUCCACUGCCAGCUGGAUCGACGACUUCUUCACCUGGCUCAACCCGGUCAACGAUGCCUGCUGCAUAGAGCACGGCAAAACGUGCUUCGAAGGCCGUGAUCCACCAUGGAACAUGACCCUCUACGGCAUGCCCGAAGGCGAAGAGUUCAUCCACUACCUGACCAAAUGGCAGCACUCCCCCACGAACGAAGAAUGUCCGUUUGGCGGCGCAGCACCAUACAGCACUGCCCUCGUUAUCGAACCAUCGACGCACCCUCCUUCCGUACCAGCCUCCCAUUUUCGAACCUCUCAUACGCCCCUCCGAUCUCAAUCCGACUUCAUUGACGCUUACGCCUCCGCCCGCCGUAUCGCAUCUGGCAUAUCCGAAGAUCAGAACAUCAGCGUCUUCCCCUACUCCAAGUUUUACAUCUUCUUUGACCAAUACACUUCUAUAAUCCGGCUUACAGGCACCCUACUCGGCUCCGCCCUCGCCAUCAUCUUCGUGCUCUCCUCCGCGCUUCUUGGCUCCGUAGCCACAGGCCUAGUCAUUACCAUCACAGUAGCCAUGAUUGUCGUCGACGUGAUUGGCUGCAUGGCCCUGUUCUCCGUCUCUCUCAACGCCAUCUCCCUUGUCAACCUCGUCAUCUGUGUCGGCAUCGGCGUCGAGUUCUGCGCUCAUAUUGCCCGUGCCUUCACCUACCCUUCAAAGAGUGUCAUGGAGAAAGCGAAAUCAAAAUACAGGGGCAGGGAUUUGAGAGCUUGGGCCGCAUUGACGAAUGUGGGCGGGAGCGUAUUUAGCGGUAUCACGGUUACAAAGUUCCUCGGGGUGUUUGUGCUGGCAUUUACGCGGAGUAAGAUCUUUGAGAUUUAUUAUUUUAGGAUCUGGUUGGCUUUGGUGGUGUUGGCUGCAUUGCAUAGUUUGGUGUGGUUGCCGGUUGCGCUGAGCCUGGUUGGCGGUGACGGCUACGUGGAUCCCGAGAGUGACGGGAGCUUAGAGGACGACUUGGCGGCGAGGAGAUAUAGGGCACUGUUGCCAGAGGAUGACUAUGACUCGGACGAUUACUGA